GGUAAUGUUAUAGAAUUGUAUGUAAAAAAUAAAAAUGGAGAAGAAAGAGAAGUGGGCCUGAGAAGCGAAAAGAAGGCCUGGGCUUAGUUGAUAAGCAUAAUUGGGUGAGGAAGAGAGAAAGAGAGUGAAGAAGAUGGCGUCGAGCGGAGCGGUACCGUUUUGGAGGGCGGCGGGGAUGACGUACAUAACAUACUCAAACAUAUGCGCGAAUCUGCUCAGGAAUUGCCUCAAGGAACCCUACAAGGCCGAAUCCCUCUCUCGUGAGAAGCUCCAUUUUGUUCUCUCCAAAUGGGUCGACGCCAAGCCUGAAAAACCUACUAUUCGUUCAGACACCCCAGAGCAGUGAUCUGGAAUAGUUGGAAGCUAUAAAUGCAUAAAUCUUUGAGAUCUGGAAGUUCAUUGUCAUUUUGAACCUUUCUGUGAUGUUUAAUUCCUUUGUUUUUUUCUCUCCAUGAAAUGGAACAUGCACUGGAUUUUGAUUUGCACGGUUAAUCUUGUAAUAAUACAAGUUUAAACGAAUGAUUUAGAACUUAUUGACAAAGUGGCUGUGUAACUUUACUCUGCUUCCAGUUCCAGGUCCUGAAAUGAGAAAGCUGCCCAACUAUGUUAAGUUGGGUCAUAAGUUUAUGAAAUAAGUUAAAUGA